AUGGCUUGGCAAAGCUUGGGCAACGACGGGAUCUCGAGCUCCUUAGGUGCGCUGCGAAAGGUCUUAUGUGCUACUGCACCCGUGCAUCCGCCACGAAUGCGGCCACCCGCUUGGGCGCGCAACCAGCAAAAGGUCCAGGACAUUCUCUGCUGCAUGUUCCCGGACCUGAUGCGCAACUGUGCUGGCGAGGUGAUCGCCUGGCUCGAAUCCCAAGUGCUUUCCCCGAACGACUUGCAGGUGAUCUCGCAGUCGUGGCAAAGUGUCCGGAGUCUGGCGGUGGAUUUCAGGGCGCUGUUAGCUUUCAGUUGCCAACGCGCUCUUCCCAACGAGGUGGCAGUGAAGGUCAUCGGCUUCCUUAUGCCUCCACAGCUGUCACUCUUGCAGAAGCGCUUGGAGAAGCUAUCCGCGAGGGCGAAGGAUGAGGAGCCAUCAGAGGCGCCAAAAAGAAGCAAAAAAGAAGUGAGAAAAUACAAGAAGCGCAUUAUCAAGCAGGCGCGCAAGGAAGCUUCGCGAACGGGUCGCUGGGCUGAUCUAUGA